AACAACCUCUAGGACGUAUUUGCCUACUUGCUUUGGCAUCGGUUCAAAUUGUCUCGCCUAAUAAAAAUAUACCACAUGUCUACCUAAGCUAUUCGGUCAUCGCACAAUCGGUGCUAAGAAAUACGAAGCUGACCAACGCAACGUUUUACCCCUCGAAUCGACAUUCCGCUCUGCCUUCACAAAUUGCACAACUCCCUAUUACUCUACCCCUGUAUUGCUAAAUUCGCCGUCUUCAGACUCUGGGAUCACUUGAGUUUUAAUCAUCCUGAGAUGAGUGUUUUUCAUAUUCAACCUGGUAUUGUGGAUACGGCGAUGAAUAGGGAGGCCGGUGGGAUUAAGGCUACAGGCAUUGAAUAUAAUGUUUCCCUGCCGGGCGGGUUUAACGUUUGGCUUGCCAGUCCCGAAGCGCGCUUCCUGAACGGCAAGUUUGUGUAGACGAACUGGGAUGUGGAUGAGCUUAAGACACAGGUUAAGGAGCUCGAGCCCGGUAGCAGGCUUUCCAUUAUUGGUCUUGUUGGCUGGCCGUUUGAUAGCUCUGGUUUUGAGUUUAAGACUUCGUGGUAGGCUUGGGAGGAUGAGGAAGAUGGGAUGUAUUUCUAUAUAUUUUUGGUGGAGAGGUUCUGGGUUGUUUGUUGUUUGAUAUGGUAUAACGGAUCAAAUUAUACCCAGAGUCUACUAUGCCUGUCUGAUACAGUACCAUCGGAGCAUCUAAACUUAAGGAUAGCCUUUCCAAGCAAUAUAUCUAAUAUUUGCAGAGCAGUAAUGCUCUUUUUUACUAGAAUAUAUAAUGCCAUUUACGAGUAGCAGAC